UUCUACACAAACCAUCACAUCGAAGGUUAUUCUUUUUAUUUGUGCCGCCCGCAUAAUUAUUGCAUUCGCACACCUGUUCAUUAAUUAUCAUGAAAGAAUAAAUCUGUCAGCGUGAGCAGUGAUGGCUACACAUUUAUCUUUCUAUUACAAUUGAUAGUGCUAUUGUCUAUCUGCAAUUAUUGCGCCUGUAUUACGCAGUCAUUACUAAACGUUGUGGGAUGGAACAUUAAGGCUGAGUGGUUGAUGGAAAAGAGAUCCAUGCGUUUCUGCUGAUACAAGAAUACAACUCUCAUGUGGCUUUAAACCAAAAACAGAAAAUACAUUCGGUGUGAUUUAAACUUGGCAACAAAGAUGGCGGAUGAUGACCAUCGUUGGUGCAGUACGACUGAACCCUUCCAAGACAAGAGAGGUCGACUUGUCUCCAAGAACUCAUGGCUUGUGCCCUGCUUCCUGGGGGUGGAUUACGUUCUCCUAGCCGGUAUGGCUGUCUUGUGGUUUUUCCUGGAGUACACGGAAUAUAUCAUUGCAGAGCCGGCAGUCAGGGGAUUCUGGUGCAACGAUCCACAGUUCAUGAAACCAUACAUUGAUGACAGACUAGUUCCAGAGAGGGGGCUUUAUGUCAUCUGCUUCACCGGCCCUGUCAUUUUGAUCCUGUUAGGAGAGAGCAUGCUGGCCUUGUGUAGGUGUGACGACAUCAGAGAAUCUCACAAGCUUGUCCGUAGCUGUAGUCUGAGUCUACAUACACCCUUGAGACGAGCACUUCGCUUCAUCGGCGUAUUUUCAUUUGGCGCGUUCGCCACGUGGGUAGUCACUGACGUCAUCCAGAGUCUGACGGGACAGAUGACGCCAUAUUUCUUUGCUGCAUGCAAUCCCGAUGCAUGCAGCCGGCAAGCUGGUACCAGGUUUGUCACGGAGUAUACCUGUCUGAUGGGUGACAGUGAGUUCAUCAAACAAGCCAGGCGAUCUCUACCGUCCAUCCACGCGUCUCUCGGUGCAUAUUCAUCUGUCUUUGCCACGAUUUACCUCUCGACGCAGGUGCAGUUCCGAAAUGCACGGCUUCCCGUCCCUCUGUUGUGCUUGGCGCUGCUGAGUGGUGCCGUGCUUUGGGGCUUUUCACGGGCCGCCUCAUAUCGGCACCAUUGGACAGACAUCUUUGCGGGUUUCGCACUUGGUACAUCUUUCGCAUUAUACCUGUCACUUGCAAUUCUAAACACAUUCCGAGAGAACUUGCCCAAGACUCACUCCAACAUGCAACUGGUCUCUUCCUUCCAAGACUCCAUGCUGUCAGCUGAAGAAGAGCAGUUCAUGAGGAACUACCCAUCUACCUUUGUGCUACCACGUGUUCGCCAUUUCAAGAACAUUGAAUCGGUGUCAACGUCGCGCAUGUCACAGAAUGGAAUACCAGCCUUAAACAACUCAGCGUUCUUGGAUGACGUAGCCAUUGUACACCAUGAAGCACCUACAUCUGGAGUUAUAUGAAACGUUUACAGACAUAGACCCUUUACGAAACCACGGCUUUUCCUCCCCAGAUUCGGCUCAGGCUAGCUUGGCCUGCGGUUGUUUGGACAAUUUGCUUAUGCUUUGCGUGCGCGCUCAGGGCUUCAGACGAGAGGAUGGAGGCUGCCCGGAGUCGAAGCCGUGGUUUCGAAAGGGCCAUAGAUGAAACCACCCCGAGGAGGCUGGAUGGAAGAAAUGGUCCAAUCCCUUCUUUGCAUAAUAAUGACCAUUAUAUUAUUCGUGUUGUUGAACAUAAGAGAAAAUACAGGCCGGGACUGUCUAAGUUUGGACUAACGUGGUCCAAAGACAGUCAACUUUACAAUAACACUGAAUUUUCUUAACUACUUGUAAUGCAUUUUAAAAGUAUUUUUCCAUUUUUAUUAGUUUUAAUACGUCAAAUCAUCGAGGGCUCCCUCCGUGGUUAGUACACCCUGUCUAUAAGAUGGCACUGUUAACCGAUUAAAAUGCACUUGACACCUUUGGUAAAAUUGUAAAAGACCAGUAUUCUAACUUGUGCAUAGAAUAACAAAUCUCGGCUGUGAAAAACUGGAUUCAAUAUUAGUCAUGAAAAAAAUCAAAUGUUUCCAGACUGAGGUAGACAAUUUUAGCCAAACUUUCUGAGAAACUGUGGGAUGAUUUUUGUCACAAAGAAAAAGGACUUUGUCCCGAAAUGGUCAGUAAUGCCUGUCAAAUUUCGCUCA